CCGUAAACUUCCGGGUGGAAACCAGGCUUUCGGGGGCGGGGCAGUUACUAUGGAAACGGAGUAAUACAAGUUUGUGCACUCUUGCGCUGCCGGAGCAGGGGUCUUAGCAUUUACAUGAGGGAUGUCCAUUCUGCUACGCUCCAGCUGUUAAUGAACUACAACCUCCAGCCCCCUCUCCCAUUGAUUAGUUCACAUGCAUCAUCAGAUUGCGAGGGGCUUUCUCCCCUUUAGCUCCACCUCCACAUUUUGCAACAAGUAUCCAGCAGCAGAUUGAGGGAUUUAGAAAAUAGCAAUGUUCUCUCUUUCUCUUCAGUCACUGCACCUUUGUAUCUAUAGGAAUUAAAAUAAAUAAUUUUGAGAUAUAGGCACAACAUUGGACAAUGGCCAAAGAGGUUUCCUUCUUAGACAGUCCCCUGACAGCAGAUGACAAUAUGGCCAAAUAUAAUCAGCGAAAUCUGCACAAGACUCUCUUCUUCAAGAUGGCCUGCAGAACCUUUGGCCCUCCGAAAUCAAGGACACGACGGAUUAUAGCUCCGCAUAUGGAACAACUUGUACUUGAAAACCCAGACCCAGAUGGGGCUCUAUGUAACGUCUCAAGCAUCAGUACUAAAGCAACAUGUGAUACAGUACCAAGCCAGGAAGGGGAAGCUGUUAAGAGCUGUGCUGACUGGAUUUCAGAGAGGAAGAAAUUUCGUGCCCAGCUGGACUCUAUGGGAGACUUGAAGAAGUGGUUUCAAGGGAAACCAUCCCUCACUGAGCUAGAAUGCCGAGUGGAAGAGAGGAUAACUGAUAAAUGUUCUCAGAGCCGUAUAUGCUUUACAACUUUGCCAGACACGAUUAUGAGUGAGAUGUCCCGGAAUGCAGAUCGCAGUGUUACAAAGAGUGCCCAGAGCCAAAUGGCCAGACCCUCUAUCAAGCAGCCUAACCCAGAUGCCCUGGCCAUUUUAGAUCAGUAUUUGAGAAAACACCACUUGCGCCUGGUGGAUCUUUACAAUCAGACAGACAAAGGCAAGAUGAAGAAAAUUUCCAGCAAUGACCUGAAAGCUGUGAGGAAAGAGGCUCCAAUUCCAGUCAGUGACAUUCAGUUUGAUAACUUGGUCAUCUCACUCAGUAAUAAAGAUCCCAAUUAUAUUAACUACAAAGAUCUGUCAAGGGGAAGGCGUCAGUGGAAACUACAGAACAGGAAAGUGUCUAGAGGAAGCAUGGCUAUGGAGUCAGUGGAACACAGGCACUUCAGUAAGACAGGGGAACAGGAUGUGGUCCAACAAGCUGCAGAGACACCUGUUUUGAACAGUAGUAUAUGCUAUCUGCAGACAGUAUCCCCAUCAGGCAACACUGAUGUAAGUGAGGGAAGCAGGAGCCAGUUUCUGCAGGUUCCAUCGCUUAGCCUGGAUGAGAGGAGGCCCAUGACUUAUGAAGACAUGGAGGAAAUUGGAAAGGGCUAUAGGGAAACAAAGCGUAGAGCCAAGAGUAACACUCGGUUGUUAGAGUGGUUGGAGCAGUGCCGUAUGGUACGCACUGGUAAUGCAGCUGUGGAUUCACAUUCGGUGCCCUCUACACUAGAAGAAGAGGUUAGAGAGACAGUCGAUAGAUACAGGAGGCAAUGGCUUGAGCAGUAUCACCAGAUCCUAAAGCUUUGCCAGAGCCAUGGAGUGUCCCUCUCUGAAAGCCUUCUGGAAAAAGCCUUACUCUACCCUGGGGAUAAACUGAUCUGUGAUUCAGGACAACAGCUCAGAAAACUGAGACAACCUGGGACAGCCCCUGCCAACAGUGAAUAUUUCCGAGGGAGACAAGCGUCAGGAAAGAGAAACCAUAAACUGAUGAGAGAGGCUUGGAGCAUUCCUCUGAAAGGGUUGCCCAGAGACACACAGACAUCCUGCCUGGUAAGCGAUUUCCAGAAAAACAUACCCAGCACAGCACCAUAUCCGCCAGAACAGUAUGUGAACCGGGUCAGAGCCAAAGUACGGGGGAGAAAGGAGGCUGGGAUUGAAACCCUGAACUGCUGGAUCACUUUUGAACAGUUCCAGAAGAUGAUUGGCAAUAUUGUGAAGAGAUACCCUCACUGCUUCCUGACCUCAGGGGAGAAUGCCUUCUGGCCGGGACAACUUUUGGAUAAACUCUGCAUCUAUCUGCCAAAAGCAUCUCAGGGAAACCCCAAACAAGCAUUAAUAGCACCAGCUACAUAAUCUCCAAUUCCUCGAAGAGACUGAGGCAUCCAAAAACUACACCAGUCAAAAGACUCUUACAGAACAUGCUUGAAACUUAAUUAGUAAACAAAAUUGAUCAUCAUGAAGGGCUCAGGCAAAGAAUGGGUGUCAGAAUAUUGUAUUAUUAAUUGACUCGGCCAUACCUUUUUCGGCAGGAUUUUAGUACCGGCAAAUCCACAUGCCUAGCCAAACCGAAUCUGAAUCCUUAAGAUCACGUGAAUUUUUAUCAUAUAAACAUGGAAGUUGAAAAAUUUUAA